AUGUCAUUUGCCGAUGAUUUCCAUGAUGAUACUGAAAUAUGUUAUGAGGAAGAGAUUGAUAAAACGAACGCUAAUGAACAAAAUGCAUCCCACGAAUCAAGUCAUGAUGAAUACAAUCAACCUCUCUAUCCUGGAUGCCGUCUGUCCCUUGAGAUAAGCAUGCUGCUUGUAGUGACGUUUUGUAUCAGACAUGCCCUUUCUGGGGUCGCCCUUGCAGAUUUGCUAACUUUAAUAGAGUUGCACUGCCUUUUGCCAAAUCAUUUUGCCAAAUCAACAAAGUUGCUCCGUGACUUUUUUGGGCAACUGAAGAGCCCCAUAGAAUUCCAUUACUACUGUUCCUUUUGCUUUUGA